AUGUCGGCAUCUGAAGAAACUCGGGGCAGCAUGAAGAAGAAGGAGAAGAAGAAGACGACGGGCUGCCUCGCGCCAAUCUUCGCCGCCUGCGUCCCCUCCGCCAGGCAGCAGCCCGGCGGCGACGACGAUGCCGCCAGGAGCCGCCUCAGCUUCUCGUUCGCGGAGCAGAGCCAGCCCGAGAGCAUCAUCGACCCGGCCGCCUCGGCCGUGGCCAGGAAGGACGGCCGGCACCAGCAGCAGCCGCAGCACUGCGCCGUCAUCGUCGGCACCAUCUUCGGGAGCCGCAGCGGCCGCGUGACCUUCUGCGUGCAGCGCGACCCGGCCGUGCCGCCCCCGUUCCUCUUCGAGCUCUCCGUGCCCAUGCAGUCCCUCGCCGCCGAGAUGGCGUCCGGCCUUCUCCGCAUCGCGCUCGAGUGCCACCGCUCCAGCGGCAGGUCGUCCGCGCCCGGUGCGGCCGGCGAAAAUGCUGCUGCUGCCGGCGGCAGCUCCCGCCCGAGAAACGUCUGGACGGCGUCCUGCAACGGCCGGGACGCCGGACAUGCCGUGCGGCGGCCGCCGACGGAGUGGGAGCGGGGCGUGCUGGAGAGCAUGCGGACGAUGACGGCCGGCGUCGGGGCGCUGCCGGCAGCCGAGCCGCAAGAAGGGAUCAGCGAGGAGGUGAUGUAUAUGAGGGCGACCUACGAGAGGGUGGUGGGCUCCAAGGACGCGGUGUCGUACCAUCUCAUCAGCCCACGCACCGCCGGCGAUAGCCCGCCGCAGGAGCUCAGCCUCUUCCUGCUGAGAACCAGAGGGGAUUGA